AUGUCCGACGACCAGCAGAUUGAUGGAGGUCGAGCGGCCAAAAGGCGAAAAGUCCGAAAGGGCACACAGAGCUGCUGGGAGUGCAAACGCCGCAAGGUCCGAUGUUCUUUCACAACACUAUCGAACACCAGUUGCGACGGCUGUAGACGUCGGGGAACUGCGUGUAUCAGCCAAGAGUUCCAAGAUGAUCCUUCUUCAGCCAAACUCGAGGAUAGAUUAGGUCGGGUUGAAGCCGCUAUGGAAUCCCUGGCAAGCAAAUCUCACGAAGACCAGGACCUACGCGAUCCAAAUGGAGCUGUGACUAGUGGUGAGAGUUUCUCGAAUGGGAAGAUGCCAGUCGCGGCGCCAACAUCUCCAUGCGCUUCUUUUCCUAGUACAACGCAAAGAGAGUAUGAUGACCUCUCCAGCAAGCUCAUUACCGCUUGGCCAAGUCAGGCCGACAUUGAUCUCAUCUUGCAUUCGCGGGUUCUCUCCUCAGACCAAUUUCAAUACUUCACAUGCCCGCUCUAUCUAAGCAAUGACACAUCGACGGCACGAACAAUACUCCAGGUGCCAUGUCAAUCGGCAGCCCCAGUUCAAGUUGCCAAGAAGCUGUUGCUGAUGGCAUCACUCCUCCAGAGGCUCCAGCGUUGUCAACCUGAGGAUGUCGGUGGCCUCAGCAUCAACCGUCGUAGAACCAUGAUGUUGCGCGCAGUUGAGACCGCCCAUAGCGUCGUGACAUCACACGACGAUCUAGUUACCUGUAUCGCCGGAGUGGAAUGCUCCCUGAUUGAGAGCAUGUAUCACAAUAACAUGGGAGAUCUUUCUCGGGCCUGGCUCAUAUUACGAAAAGCAAUGCUGAGAGGCCAGUUGAUUGGCCUCCAUCGGGGGACAGCUGAAUCAGAAGACGAGUCGCAAAGCAGCCUGAGUCCUGAUUAUUUGUGGUUUCGACUUGUACAGAUGGACCUUUAUCUCUCGUUAAUGCUUGGACUUCGUCCCGAUGCCACGUCGAGCUGUCUUGACGACUCAAAAGUAUUGCAAGGCUGUACCCCUUUGGAGCAAAUGCACCGGGUUCAAUGUGUUGCUAUGCGCCGCAUUCUUGGUCGAAACUGCCACGCUGAUAUGAACGACCUCAAGGAAACGAUCGAGAUUGACAAGAUGCUACAAAAGGCUUCCUCUCUAAUGCCCCCAAAGUGGUGGCUCUGUCCUACUGACGAUGCCAGCGUAGACGUCACUGGCCCGACACAUGUGAGUAGCCUGGUUGCUCACCAUCACCUGCUGCUUCGGCUGCAUCUCCCAUAUCUGUUAAAGUAUCCGACCAAUAGGAAAUAUGACUAUGGGAAGAUUACGGCAAUCAGCGCAAGCCGCGAAAUCCUCUCAUGGUAUGUCUUUGUCAAGUCCAAGUCAAGUAUGCCAUACUGCCGGGGGAUUGAUUUCCUGGCUUCCAUAUCCUGCACAACACUAUGUAUCGCUCAUAUCGAGGCACAAAGACAGCGAAAGAGCUGCUAUGGGAGCAACGGGACUAUAUUCGAUUUGAUUGCGAAUCAACGCCUUUCUGAUCGGGCCAUGGUGGAAAGGACGCUAGACGUAAUGGAUCUCAUGGUCGAAGAAGAUGACGAUCAGAUUGCAUCCAGCAUCGCAGGGAUUCUGCGACCCUUGUUACAAGUUGAAGCCAAUGCAGCAUCUGGAGGAAUAUACGUCAUCAAGGCAUCUACAGAGACGGACCAUGAAGACAUUAGUGACGGUGAUGAAGCGCUUCAUGUUUUAGUUCCAUGCUAUGGGACCAUCACUAUUGCACCUUGCAGCCCUCCACGGGCUGAAUCGCCUAUAGAGGUAAUAGAAGGCAAAACCAAAGAAGUUCUGUCGUUACGGCACGAUGGGAAUAUCUUGACAGAGAUAUCACAUGGGGAAGGGUCUAGUUCUGCGUCGACAGAAGAGCAAGAAGACUAUGGGCCAAUCACCCUACCCGACGAGUUUUGGUACAGCUCAAGUAUUAAUUAUGGAUGCGACGCAGAAGACUUUGCAUCGCAUUUGACAGAAUCUGUCAAUAUUUGGGACACGAAAAACUAUGAUAUGGCGAUUUGGGAUGCCCCCAUUGUCUACCAGCAAAGUGGACGUUAG